AUGCCUACCGACGAGGCGCCCAACGAGGGCAUGCUCUGGGGUGGACGCAUCACUGUUCCCAGCACAUACAACAAGGACCUACAGGAGAGCUGGGAGCCUAUGCUAGAUCAUGUCAAGACUAUCUCUCAUAGUGUGCAGAUCACAAACGGCAUCCUUGCCACACUCAAUAUCCGGCCAGAACGGAUGUUGGCUGCACCGAAUCCCUCUAUGGUCGCUACAGAUCUGGCUGAAAGACUCACGGCACUCGGUGUACCCUUCCGUGAGUACCCUUCCGUGAGACGCAUCACAUCUCUGGGCGGUGUGUAG